AUUUGCUUAUUUGCUUUCGGGCACCCUUCUGCGUCACUUUAAAGCUAUGUAUUCUACAAUCCAACGGCUUAACACCCUUUCAAGCCUAUGGGUUAAUGCACUUUUUUUUCUGUGUCUCUGGAUCACAGUAUCCACUUAUUUUGAUAAUAAAUAUGCAACUUCUAAUGUAAAACUGAUUUCUGCCCAGCGAAAAACGGCACGGAUAUCCUAUUCAUUUCGAAAUAUAAGGCAGGAAUAUGCCUUUAUAAGGUUUGAGCUUGAUACGGAUGUUAGGCCGCUAUUUGAAUGGAAUACUAAACAAGUUUUUAUAUAUGUAGUAGGAUCAUAUGUAUCCUCGAAGAAUUAUCCGUAUAAUGAGGUUAUCAUAUGGAGUCGUACGAUUCGACGUAAGAAAGAUGGAAUGAUACGUGUUAGAAACCAAGAGAAUGUAUAUUCAUUCAAUGAUAUUGAAGGGAGUUUUAUGAAUAAGAAUUUAACGCUUUGUAUGUAUUAUAAUAUAAUGCCACAGGUAGGUAUUUUGAAAUGGGGGAAUGGUAGUCCAUCGGGUAGAAUGCGAUUUUCAUAGUGAUAAUGAAUAUUUUUUUAAUAUAAAUGUUUUUUUGAAAAAAAAG